AUGCGCUUACCACCAUCCACCACCAUCCACCACCAUCCACCACCAUCCACCACCAUCCACCACCAUCCACCACCAUCCACCACCAUCCACCACCAUCCACCACCAUCCACCACCAUCCACCACCAUCCACCACCAUCCACCACCAUCCACCACCAUCCACCACCAUCCACCACCAUCCACCACCAUCCACCACCAUCCACCACCAUCCACCACCAUCCACCAUCAUCCCAGCCCACUCCCAGCCACACGAGAGCGUUGGCUGACCCCAGCCUUCGAAGCCGACGUGGCCACCGAGUAAAGGGCACGACGAUACACAUCGACGGCCCCGAGACGUUUACGAGGCAUAGGUGCUAA